AUGGCCUACCUUGGUCGACCCUCUGGAGGCGAUUCUCCUUUCGCUAUCGGCGAUCGAGCAAUGCGCGACACUUCUUCUCCUCAACCUCCCACUCAACGCAACCCCAUCCCUCGCUCAAAUUACAUGGCCACCCCGUCCCCGUACGGCAGCGUCAGUGAAGAGGCCCGCCGUCGCUACGAAGAGCGCUACGCCCGUAAGCGCGCAGAGGAAGAGGCCAAGCGUCGCGAGGAGGCCAUCGCCCAGCAGCAGGCUCAGCAGCCGCAACAGCCGCCUCUCCAGGCGAACCAGCUUCCCCCCAGACAGCAGCAGUACUCGGCCAGGCCGCCUCCCCAGCAGAUGUAUCAGCAAGGACAGCCGCCCCAGUACGCUGGCGGCCACCCCCAGCAGCGCCCUCCGCCCCAGCGCCAAUACUCUGGCCACGGCCCUCCUCCCCGACAGCAGGAGAUGUACCAGCAGCAGCCUCCCCAGCAGCAACAGCAGCAGCAGCAGUAUCACCCGCAGCAGAGCCCGACCCAGCAGUACCACCAGCAAGGUCGCCAGCCGUCGUAUCAGGGCCAGGGCGGAUACCAGUCGCCUCCUCCUGAUCCCGCUGACAACAGCUUCACUCAGUUCGACUCGUCGCGCACUGGUCAGCUGAGCUCGUAUGACCUGCAGCGCUUGCUGGAGAAGGACGCCACUAUGGAGGCGAGAGAAGACUGUGUUAAGAUGCUCAUGAGCAUCUUCGAUACCGACCGCUCUGGAUCUAUCAACUUCAUGGAGUUUGAGGGACUGUAUCGCUACAUCCAGGACUGGCACGGCAUCUUUGGUCGCUUUGACCAGGACCAGUCUGGACUGAUUGACCGUCGUGAGCUGCACGACGCUCUCGAGGGCUUUGGGUUCAGCCUGCCGAGCGACAUGGUGCGCAAGCUGGAGAAGCGCUUUGCGCCCCCGCCCAAGGCUGGAGGGAACCAGAACACGGGCAUCAGCUUUGACCGCUUCCUCAUGGCGUGUGUCACGGUCAAGCACUACACCGAGGCGUUCCGCAACUUUGACCCGAACGGUACUGGGCGCGCGACGAUGGACUACAACUCCUACCUGACGAUCAGAUGGACAUUAUGCUGGACGCGCCGUCGUAGUUGGCUCCUGCGGGACGAGUCUGUGGAUAGCAAGGAAGGUGUGUCGCCGAUCUACGCUCGCGGAGUCAAGCACUGUGACGAUAGGAGAAGCAUGCGUUAUGCAUCCGAGAUGUGUCUAGUUUUGAAGAGGUGGCCGGCCGAUGUCCGAUCUGCUUCAGCUGCAGCCAUGUCGUACGGCGCCCCCUUCAGCGCCUCGCCGCUCAGCACUCCCAACGUCGGAGAGGACACCGACGUCCCGCCCCUCGACAACGCCACCUACUCGAACACGACCCCUCACACCUCCUCGCCUCUUGCCUCUAUCCCCGCCGGCUCCCCUCCUCCCGCAAUCAACGCUCCCCAAACCGACAAUGGCUACCUCGCCCCGCCUCAGGCGCCCUCGGCGCAAUUCUCGCCGCAACAGCGUCCAGUCCGGAGCUCGACCCAGCCCAUGGCCCCUGUAGUUAGAGAGAACAGCGGCCCGAUCCAGCUCCCCCGCCGCCGAAGGACGCACCCCGUUUCUAGGAAUACAGAGGACAUGCCUGCCGUGCAGCGCGUCGUGUCCGACCUCUUCACGCCUGAGCGCAAGGUUGGGCCGGCGCCGACGUUCUGGCAGAGUAUCAGGGCGUUCUUCACCUCGAGCUGGAUUCUGUCGGUCACGCAGGCCGCGCAGUUGAUCGUUGACGACGCGCGCGGAAUGAUCAGACUGCGUCUACGGCAAAUGGCUCAGCUUGAACCGAGCAGUAACGUGCUCCUCGUCUUCAUCCCGGUCGGCUGGGCGCUGCACUUUGUCAAGUCGGGGGGUAACAAGUCGAUCUCUGACACGGCCGUGUUCUGCGUCAACUUCAUCGCCAUCAUUCCCCUGGCUGGUCUGCUGGGUUUCUCGACCGAGGAGGUCGCGAUGCGCGUCGGCCAGACGCUCGGCGGCCUCAUCAACGCCACGCUCGGCAACGCCGUCGAGCUCAUUGUCGCCAUCAUUGCGCUGAUCAAGUGCGAGAUUGCCGUGACGCAGUCGUCGCUCAUUGGCUCUAUUCUUUCGAAUCUGCUGCUCGUGCUUGGCAUGUGCUUCUUCGCGGGCGGCAUCAAGUACUCGGAACAGACGGUCAAGGGCACGGUGGGCCAGCUGAACGCCUCGCUGCUGCUUGUUUCGGUCAUUGCGGUGCUCAUCCCCUCCGCGUUCCACUUCUCCAUCAACUCGAGCAACACCCAGAACGGCGACGCACGCCUCACGCAGGAGGUCGAGCAGAAGGACAUCCUCUCCAUGUCGCACGGUGUCGCCGUCAUCCUGCUGGUCAUCUACUGCUCCAGUCUCAUCUUCCAGGACGAGGAGGUGUCUCUGUCCACGCCCUAUGGGCCCGAGAUGUCCGCCGUCCCAGGCCGCGUGAAGAACAAGGCUAAGCGCGUGCGCCGCCGCAUCCGCAUCCCCAGGCGCAAGGCGCCGACCGACGUCGAGACCGCCGCCGUCAAGGUCGAGCCCGGAGCGACGACGACCGCCACCUCGGGUCCUAAUGGCACGACGCUCGACCGCGUCUCCUCGGGCAGCUCCUCGAGCUCGGCCGACUCGGACGACGAGGAGAUCCCCCAGAUGAACCUCCCCGUCACCAUUGCCAUGAUGAUUGUCACCGCCGUCAUUGUCGGCGUCACGGCCGAGUUCAUGGUCAGCGCCAUUGACGGACUGGUCGAGAGCAACCCCUCGCUCUCGGCCGAGUUUGUCGGCCUCAUCCUCCUCCCCAUCGUCUCCAAUGCCGCUGAGCACUUCACCGCCGUCUCGGUGUCGGUCAAGGAUAAGAUUGACCUCUCCAUCGCCGUCGCGGUCGGUUCCUCUAUCCAAGUCGCCAUGUUUGUGAUCCCCGUCGUGCAGCUGCUCGCGUGGUGCAUCUCGAAACCGAUGACGAUGCUGUUCGACCCGUUCGAGGCCGUCGUGCUCUUCUUCUCGGUCCUGAUUGUGAACCAGACGCUCGCCGACGGACGGAGUAACUGGAUGGAAGGCGUCGUGCUCAUGCUCCUGUAUCUGCUUAUCGCGAUUGCGUUUUGGUGUAAGUAUCCUCGCGGGGGAGGGCCGAAGGCCGCCGAAGGCCCGACGCCGCAGACCUCUGAUGCGCCGUCGUCGCUGUUGGGCCCAGCUGGGCCCAGCUGGGCCAGUGCAAGCAUCAAACGAGCCAAGGACGACGAAAUGCUACCGGAGACUGUACUGCAGUUCUGUGGAAACGAUCUGGUCCCAGGCUGA